AUGUACUCCUCUUGGCUAGAAACAAUACUUUGUUCAAUUGUUCUCUUCCAGGCAUACCUGGAAGUGCCAUCCGAGGUCCCACGUCUUCAGCAACUGAGCAAAGAGGGUUUCGGGGCCCCCAUAGAAGUUGGCCCUAAUGUGCCAGCCAUCGUGGAUGACGGCGACCUCUUGGUAUUACGUUGUACUGCAGCCAAUGGGAAGCCUGGAGCUCGACUCUCUUGGUACCUGGACGGUGUGAAGCUGGAGGCCACGCCCUCUAGCGGCAGUGACGAGAUGGCAGGAGGCAGUAGCGCAGCUGGACAGGCUUUGCCAACGAAACUUUAUUUAUCACUCGGAAUAGUCGGAGGCGGAACCGUUGUCAGCGCCUUCCAGGCCUCACUUUCAGGCCAUAUCAUCACAAAAGUAGAAGCGUCAAAAUUGUACCGGAGGCUGUGA